GUACAACAACAUAUACCAACGGUGGCGCGACGGUUGAAGCAGUAGAAGAGACGGCGGCAAUAACCUCAUGCUCAUGAUUCACGUCGACCGACCCAGUCGAUAUGCGUGUGCGAUCGUCGGCGGGACGUUAUUGACGCACGCGAGUGUCUGUUGAACAUGCGACAGCGGUGCGAGCAGUGCGUUCGUCGUUGAAUUUUAAUUUUGAUUUUUUUUUUUUUUUUAUUUACCUUAAGUUUUAUUACACCGGUUGUUAUUGUCCAUUACUAUUUGGCUUAUUGUCGUUGUUUCAAUUCCGCUGCGUAUACGUAUUUGUGAUGUGCUCGCGUUAUUUUAAAAGAGAUAUUAAAUAUUAAGACUGACAGUAUUCAUAUAGAUAUCAACGCUAUCUUUGCGGUCGUCGAGCAUGAAUCACUUCGGUUGCCGACAGGUAUAUCGCCGGCGUUGUGCUAGACGUCUCGCCUCACCGUCCUCAUUUCCGUUUCCACCGGCGCCCCAGCAUCGCUAUCACAAGAGAUAUACGUUUUACACAAGUGAUUUCGAAUUAUAACGGAUAGAUAUGCAGACAAUCGGUAACAGUGACGAAAAAAUGAGCUUUCCGGCCACAUGGACCGAUAUAUUAUUAAAAUCUAUAGCAACAUCAGGAAGAUCUGCUAACUAUACUAUUGACGUGAAAAUUGGGACCAAACGUAUCUCCUCAGAGUAUCAACCUAAUACCCCGGGUGAGAUCCUUUCUAAAAAGCGACGAAAACAAUCCAACCCUACUCGGAUCUCUUCAUGCAAUGUAAAUAACAAGAAACAAUCAUUCACUGACAAUUGUAAAAGUGAAGAACCUGAACAAGACUACAUAGACCACAGUUCUAAUGAUUCCUCUUCACUCAGUACUAACGCAUCUUUUUCGCCGUUAAACUUGUCCAAACCGGAGAUUCAAUUACAACAGCAAUCUGUUAGGUUUGUACACGGUUCCAAAACAGGUCAACAACCAAUUGAGGUACAAAAGCCAUGUAUCGAAUACGUCCAGUCUUCCCCGUUAAACUCUGAAAUCCAACAUAUGGUUGACCAUGUUCAAUCUUCUCCACAAGAUACCAACGGUCUUUCUCACGUUACUAUUCCGUCAAAUCGUAUAACACUGCAGCAAAAUUCAACCAAAGAACUGAACAAUGUAGAGAACUUACGACAAUCCAAGAUCGUUCCCGAGAUGACUGAAGAUCAUUCGUCCAUUGAUGAUGUACCUCUUACUUGGAUCCAGCGCUACGGUAGCCAUGGAAAUCAUUUGGCUAAUUUGAAAACUUCUCAACAUGAGGAGUCUACUUCAUUUAACGUGACUUCGGCAAAUAUAUUAAAAAACGAUAGCAUUCUUAAUUCGCCCAGUGCCGUACAAAUAUUUAACCCUGAGGCGUACUGCGAUCAAUGUAACAAAGAGUUUUGCAAUAAAUACUUUUUGAAAACUCACAAAGCCAACAAACAUGGCGUUUAUUCGGAACCAAGUCAAUACUAUAGUCCUGAAAGUUUGGAUCAGAUUAAGUCAUACAACCAAUAUAGACAAAACUUCUUGUUUUCAAAUAAUCGACAACAAAAUUUGUUGCUAAAUCAACCUGUGCAAGAUGUUAUUAAACCUUCAUCGCCUGUUAUGCAGUCAAAAAUUGUACAGGGUCAAGGAGUCUCACAACAAUCGAGUACAGCCGUGAUACAAUUGUUAACAAAAAACUUAUUAUAUAACAGUUCUAAUGCAAGUAACACUUCCGGUAGAGCAUUUUGUGAUAUUUGUCAAAAAGAAUUCUGCAACAAGUAUUUCGUGAAACGACACAAGGCUAAAAUUCAUGGUAUAUUUUCUUCGGAAGAAGGUGGCAGUAGCGUUGAUUACAAUAUCUUUGAGGAAACGCUGUCCAAUAUCAAGUGUACAUCAAAAAGAGUACAGGUACAACGAGAAAGAUCACGUUCACGGGAAGGGUUAGAAAGAGGUGAAAUCCCUCACACAUGUGAAUCUCAUUUACAAAGUAUUCAAGGUGAAAAUAUUCAAUUACCCUUGCAAAAGAAUGCGCAAUAUGUCGAAAAUAAAACUCAACACGGUGCAGCAGACGACAUAUUGUCAAGAACAUUAAUGUCGAAGGUUACUCUUAACAAUAAGUACAUUAACUCAACAUCGGAACUGGUCGUUGAAAAAUUUGACAAAGAUUACAUUAAUAAUAUAUCACAAGUGAGGUCAGAAGAUAAUCCAUUGUCGAUUAAAAUGGAAGUGAUAAAUAGUUAUUCUAAUGUUAACGAUGUAGCAGAAUUUAAAAGAGAACCAAUAGCAACUCCAGACGUCGAUGAGGUAGAAACAGGUGACUGUGUUUCAAUACAAACGGAAGAAACGAGAUUUUCACGUGAUAGUGAAUGGCAGGCGCUAAGGUCUCCUUCAACUGUUGUGUGCGAUGUAUGUGAUCAACCAGUAGAUCGAUCUUCGUUAAAAGUUCAUCUAUUGGCCGAACACGAAGAACUUUUUCGGGAUCUUUUUGAUGAUUCUAUGUCGACAACGGGUGGUGACGACAUCAUUGUAAAAUACUUCACCGAACAUGAAGGUAAAGGUUACGGUAUAAAACGGCUGCCAUCUAUUUACGAUGAAUACACAAAUGUUAAAGAUUUUAACAAACGGUCUUCAGCAACUAAUUCGACACUAAGUAGUUUUUGUAGGAUUUGCAACAAAGAGCUGUGCAACAAGUAUUUCAUGAAAACGCACAUGCAGCGCAUGCAUGGUAUAUCUAUUCAGAAUGGUAAUCACAUUGGCGGAGUGAUGUGUGACAUAUGCAAUAAGGAAUUAUGUAGCAAGUAUUUCUUAAAAGUACAUAAACAAAACUCACAUGGUAUAUUCGAUCCUUCACUGUCUACUACUGAUAAUGUUAGAUGCAGCAGUAGAGAUGGCGUCGGAGUUAUAAAUUUUAAUAGUGACAAUAAAAAUAUCAGUAGUGUAGGUGGAAUAAUUAGUAGCAAAAUGCAAUGGCCGGACAAUGGCCAUCCACCGCCAUCGACAUCGUCAUCAUCGUCUGAUGAACCUAUGCAAACUGAUAUUGAUCAUAGAUACUAUAAACACUACACUGAAGUGUGUGACUUAUGUGGUAGAAGGUUCAGGAGUUCCAAAUGGUUGAGCGCGCAUUUGUUUAACGAUCAUGGAGAUGAAGGACGCGCAUUGUAUGCGCAAAAUCAAUCACAAAUAAUUUCCACUUCUGUUGUGAACGGCAAAGAAAAUGAAAACUCGAGUACAAUCAUCCGAAACGCGAAGACUGUAACAGAAGAAACGGAUUCUGUUGAGUCAGUAUUAGAAGACAUAACGCGAACAGAUGAAGAUCCAAAUAAACAAGCGCAUUCAGCGUUAGAAGAAACAAAAAAAAAUCAUUUAACUUCUAAAACUCAUUCAAUGAGACGUUUGACAUAUUUUCACGAAAACGCUUUGAAAUAUAAUUAUGAACAAAACAAGGAAACUAAACAAGAAACGCAAGACAAAAAAGCGUCUGUCAAAGACUCUAGUGAGCAGUAUCGAUGUUCAUACUGUAAUUUUACCACGUCUAUUCUAUCGUUUUUGUUCGUUCAUGAAAAAUUUCACGAUGCCGUCGAACGUCAUCAUCCAAAAACAACUAAUUCAGGAGAGAAAACGUAUCAACAUGAACAUGAUAAUGAUCCACAAUCCGCUAACGGCGAUUUAAAACGAACUGAAGAAGUAAGUGGAAUUCACGACCAAAAAAGUAAAGAUUUAACAGAAGAAUUAGCAGCAGUAGAUAUUGAUACUACAACUGUUGAAAAAACGGCUUUAUCAUCGAACGUCGACAUAGAUUUAGUUCGUAAAAAUUCAGCUGUUACUACCGCAAUGAAAUUAAAUUCGGGAGCUGAUUCUAAAAAAAUGAGCCACAACGAGCCUUUUAUCAUGCAAUCGUUUUUUCUAGAAAAUUGCUCAGUUUCGCCGGCAUCUGCAAACAAUACUGGUAAUGGUGAUCAAAAUGUUAUAUAUAACAAUGGUGAAGGUAGCCGGAGUGAUUCGUUUUAUUCUUCUUUAGUUUACUUGCCAGUUAAGGAAAAGUUAACGUCGACAGUCAACGUUUUCUUUAAACUGACUCCUACAUAAUAUUAAUUCAGUUAAAGAUUAUACUAUCGUCUACAGUUUUUGCUAUACCUAUACAAGUAAGAACGAACUAAGAACUUUGUCUAGAUGGUUUAUAUAUUUUUAAUAUCCUCUAAAAAAAAUGUUAGCUUACAUAAAAGCAUAUACAUAUUUACCAUAAAACUAUUUAUUUAUUGUAGAGGAUCAAUUACAUAUACCCUUUACACGUACACCCAUAACAUCAAAUAAUUUUUGGCAAGCUUAAAUUACAUCAAUAAAUUACGUGUAUUAUUUGCUUCAAAGUAAUUUUUUAAUAUCAAUAAUACAAUAUAUAAUAACCAAACAUGAUACAUAAACACCAUUAAUCAUUAUAUCAACCCACUUUGAUGAAAUCAGUGUUUAAAUCGUACAUUAAAUUAUCACACUAAUAACAAUAUGUAAAUUCAGUAAUUGAAUUAAAUUUAAAAUAAAUUCAUUAUGAUUUUGAAUAAAAAAAAUUAUAAAAGACUGAGCGAUAAGUAAAUUUUAGGUUUAAAAAUAAAAAUACUAAUUAUUAGGUGCCGAAAUAACAAGUGAUAUAGUCAUUACUAAAGUUCCUAAUUCACAAGUUUUAUGAACCGAGUUCUUUCUUAAAACCGACUUUACACGUUUACUCUUGAAACCGUGUCCCAUCAAAUCAAUUAGUACGAAUAAUAUUGACAGUCACUGCAUGCUUUGUGUUAGUGGCACAUAUUAUGCGAUCACUUUACAAGUCAAUCGGAUAUCGAAUAAAAGUUUAUAUAUUUAUUUAUAUUAUAUAUUGAAUUCUGGAUUGACAAAUUAAUUUUUAAUAAAAUAAAAAAUAUGACAAAGGUUAAAAAAGCUUAAAUAUUUAUUAACUAAAAUAAACUAUUACUUUCCAAAAAUGAUUACUACUUUUAUGAUUUUUUCUUUCGUUUAAUGUCAAAUUUUAGUCAAAUUAUAAGCACUCGUAAUAAAAAUAAUUAUUUAUUCCUUAAGUUCUAUAUUUUAAUAUAAAUUAUUCAACUUCAAAACUUAAAAUGAUGGCAAAAUCAAAAGUUCUAGAAUUUUUUUUCAUUUUUCUUCGUUUUCAUUGAGGGAUGCUACCGAUAUCUAUAUCAUUAUGAUAGCGUGUAGCCAAUUUGAUAAAUAAACGAUUUAAACGGUUUUAUUAUAUGUUACUAUAAUUAAUAAUUAUGUUGGGCUUUAAAACUGUCUGCAAAGUUUAGUAAAAUAUUUGAAUGGCCGCCCGGUAAGGUUAAUGAUUAGUAAUGGUACCGCAAAUCUACAUUAGUCUUACAAUCCAAUCGUAAGACAAACGGUUCGCACAAUUAACGCUUAAUUGCAACUUAUCGCUUCCAAAAAAUUUAGCCAUUUGAAUUGAUUCCGUUCAUAACUAUAAUGCAAUUAUGGUUUAAAAUAGCUUACUAUACAAAGAAUUUCUGCAUAAUGACAGCUGCUGAGAAAAUGUUAUGGUUUUGCUCAUGUUCCUCAGUAGUGUUAUAAUUUUAUUAACCUUAGCUCAGCAAAGAGCGUAACGGAAAAGUCCUUAAAACUUGUGUCGCUCAGAAUUUUAAAGCACGUCUGCAUGCAACAAACUUAAUAUGCAUGAUUAAUAAUACGCAUCCAUCAAAACUGACCACCUAAAAUAAACGCUCACAACAUAUUAAACUGAAAACAUUCCAAAUGAAAAUUAAUUUCACGUCAAAUGCAUAACAACACAAUAAAAUUUUAUUUUUCCUCCAAAAAUAUUUUUAUCAAAUUUGGGAGAUAAACAAUUUGAGAUAUGAAUACACGAUGAAAGUAGCUACUAAAGUUAAUUAAAAGGACGAUGAAUCAAAUUAAAUUUCAAUAAUAAUAUAAAACAACUUUAAUUAUCUUUCUUAGAUAAAUUGAAUAAAUUAUUUGACCAUCUUGAGUGAUCGAAAAUAAAUCUAAUAAGUCUAAAGAUGAAUAUUUUAAUUGAAUAAUGCAAAUUAAAUGUUGUAUUUGAAGUUUAUUUAAAAUAAAAAUUUAUGUAUUUUACUAGAUGUAUAUAGAAUUUUCUAAUUUAAAAUUUUUUUUAAAUAAUAUUUGAUAAUUUUUCUGUUGAUCUCAAGCGUCAGUUUUUAUAAUAACGUUAUUAUUAUUUUGUAUCUUAUAGUACUUCUGUAAAUAGUUCAGUGCUAUUGUAACUAUAAAGCAAAUUUGAAUCAUAAGGAAUUAAUCUCGAGCAAUUGUAUUUUACUAAACGAAAGUUUUUAAAUUUCAAUUUAAUAGAAAACUUUUUAAACUAGACGUAGCAUGCAUGAUGUUAUAAUGUUUCAUUAUAAUACAUUAAUUAUAUAACAUAAAAAUGAAAUAAUAAAUAGACAUAAUUAUAUAUAUAUAUGUAUAUUAUAUAAAAGAAUAUUUUUUAAGUGCUGGCUUGUAACGUAGUAGUAGUAAAUGCCAUUUUAGAAACACUAAACCACUUAACGUACACGCGCACAUAUUAUUGUAAAAAAUAGUUUCCAUUAGUAAAGAAGAAAAAAAUCGUUUAAUAAAAUAUUUUAUUACAAUAGAUUUUUUAAACCUGUGAAGGAACUUAAAUCAAAAAUAUUUUUUUAGAUGAUAGAGUAUUAAUUUUUUUAACAAUUUUAUUAUAAAGUUUUAACUAUAGUUAAGUUAUGUAUGACUAUAAAAACCUAUGAAUUAUAAACAACUAAUGUGUUCUGAUAGUGUAUACUAUAUUGUCCUUUUUAGGAACACUAUUACGAUUAAUAUUAAUUUAUUUAUGUUAUUUAAGUGUAAGAGUGAUAUGAAAUUAUUGUGUAUAAAUGAAAACUUUAUCAAAAUUAUUUUUGAACCCGUCAAACGGUUAACGAGAAUCAAAAUGAUUAUAUUACCAUAUUAUUUUUAGAUUAUAGUAAUAAAAAUUUUAGCAAGUAAGAAAAAGUAUUAUUAAAAUAUGAUAAUUAUGUUAGUUUUUGCUGUAGUAUAUAAUAAUUAUAUACUUAACAGUAGUAUACUAUAAAAUACUUUGAUUGUGGCUUGUGCUCAUCGAAAAAAAAUCAAAAUUUAUUAUUAUAACUAAAAUAAACAAUAUUAUUUAAUUAAAUUAUUUCAUAUAAGAAUUGCAUCGUGUAUGGGCAAUAUGUACUGACGAUGUUUGUUUUAUGUUCUAGUGUUAAUAUUACUAUUUUUAUUGUUUUAAAACAAAACGUUAUUAUUAGUUAGCAGCUCUGGUAAUGUUUAAUUUUAUAAGAUAAAAACAAGCAAGCAUAAAUCAUAUAUUCUGAUCUUUCUUUAUAUUUUUUCUGUACAUUGUAUUUGCGAAGUUUUGAAGUCACCACAUAAUUUUCACGUUUCAGUAAAGGUACGUCUUUUAAUAUUAAUUACACAUUAAAAACUUCUUGUGAAAUUUCUAAGACAAACCAAAAAAUAUUUACCUCAAUUUUUUUUAAUGGCUAACUUAUUCAAACUUGUCACUUAUACGAAUUAUUUGUUGAGUUUUCAAAUGUUUUUUUUUAGAUUAUCCCGACACUACUCUUUUACUAUCAUAAAUAUACACGAUAAAUAAAACAUUUGUUGGACAAUAACAAUUAUUUGCUCAGACUAUUGCCGUUCUGUCAUAACGAUUAAACAUGUUGUAGAUACCAAGGUAGAAACAUAACAUUAAGGUAAAAUAUUUUGUUAAUGUAAACGUAUCUAAAUCUAGGCACAGUUUCGGCUUCAUUUCACAUUAAGUCGUCGUUAUCUCAAAAAGGCUUUGCCAACAUUAUUUUUCACAGAAAAUUCUCUUAAAAUCACUACAGUUUCUCGAUAAAUUCUCUUAAUUAUUGAAGUGGCAUUUUAACGUUGUGUAAUAUUUGCGUAGUUAAAUUUAGCUUGUAAAGUAUUAUUGCAUACAUUACACGUUGGCAAAUUACUGGAAAUCAAUUCACUGCAUAAAAUAUUCAUCGAUCUAACAGAAUUCAAAACUUUCCAGAGAAUAAAAUACUCGUUUAACAUAAUAAAAUAUUAAGCGUUUCUAUUUAAAAAAGGUAAUUGUAUAUUUAGACUAUUGGCUUGCAAAUGUAUUAAUAAAAAAAAACGUAACCGUGAUCGAAUGCACUUAAAAAAACCGACAGAACGUAAUAGUUAAGUAAUAUUAGUGGGCGAAUAGUUAGUAGAUGAUAAAAUUUAAAAAACUAUUGUUUAUCGCGUAAUUAAAAUAUCCAUAAUUCCAAAAAUUCUCUGGAAUCUUUAACUAAGUCAUUUGACGGAGUUUAACGAUUACACGUCACUUAGAGUUAUGUGAAAAAAUUCUCUUCGUGGCCAUAGCGCAAUAAUUUAAAAUAAAUAGCAGUCAUUUUUAUUUUCCCGUUCAAGUUUACCUGUCUCACGACAAAAAAUUCUAUUAAUGAUUACCAUUUUUCAAAUAUACAUUUUUCGAUUUUCUCGCAUUAUUAAUUUUAAGCCAUAAAUGACAUAUGUAGUGUUUAGAAGUACAAUAUAAUAUAUUGUUCUAAUAUGUAUUAUAUUGUAAUACAUAUUAGAAUAUAUGUUGUAAAACUAACCAAUUACUUAUUGAAGAAAAGAUAUAAAUAUAGACUGUUUGAGCCUACUUGUUAAAUGAAAAAAUCCAAAAAAUUUGUAUGUUGACUAAUAAUAACGUUAGUAUAUUUUAAUAAUUUUUAUAUUUUAAAAUCAUGUUUGCUCUUAUUGCCUUUCUAGUCAAAAAGUUGAUUGUAUAUACUUUACACGACAACGAAAACAGGGCAGUUAUAUAAUCGCUCCGUUUAAUGUAUCAUGUAAUUAUUUUAUUAUUUUUGAUUUAAUAUUUGUUUAUGUAUUAUAUAGCCAAAAGGUGAUAUGUGUUAAGAGUUUUUUCUAACCUUAACUUAUUGCUAUUUUUGCACAAAUAGUAGCCUUAUGUUUUAAAAAAUCAUUUUUUAUUGCUAAUUAAUAAAACCCAAAGAUGGAAUAUUAAAAAUUAUAUAAUAAAAAACAUUAAAUAACAAUAAAUUUUAUAAAUGAAAAUAAAACAAAGGUAAUAUUUGACACAUAUUACUUUAAGGCUCUCUAGUGUAGAAAAUUAAAUCUUAAUGAUAUUCUCGUGAAAUAAUUGUAAAUAACGCAUAACCCAAUAUUGUUUUGAUGAUAAACUUUUUUUAAUGGUUCCUAUUUUAUAAUAAUUUUAAGUACAAAGAUAUAGUUACUAUACUUUAUACAUACAUGAUUUAUAAUUUUAAUUGUAAGAUUAAUAUAUACUUUAAACGACAUAGAUUAUUUAUUUAUAUUUAUAUAGUAUAAAAUUUAAUGUUUAAUUAUAGUUUAUAAGACUUAUUCAGUUAAGACGAGUGGUUUUUUUUUUUUGUGUACAUGUACAAGUGUGCCUUUAUUAUACAAUUAUAUUUAUAUUUCAUACAUAUUUAUAAAAUUUAUAAUAAAGAAUAAUAACAAUAUGAAUGCAUACAUAAAUGUAAAUAGUUUUGAUAUUUUUGCGAUCAGCUAAAAUCCAAAUUACUCAAAGAUUUCACGUUAUUAAGUAGUGAAAUCGUUCAUAUAUAAGUAGCAAAUGGAUUAUAAGUGGAUAUAAUUAUCUUAGAUAAUAGUUUGAUUGCUAAUUAUGAUAUCGAAUUUUAUACUACCUAGCUAAUAAGUUUUAGGAGAAUAAUAGAUUAACCUAUACAAUAUAUAGUAAUAAUUCUAUGCAUAUGUAUAAGGG